AUGUAUGUGGGUUAUAUGUUGGAUAAGGAAGGAAGUAUGUACCCCACACCCGUCCGGCGCCCAAACAUCAACGUCUCCUCCACACAGAACUUCGCCUCUGGUCCUCAGUACUCGGAAUACUCGGGGUAUCAUGUGCCCGCGAUGGAGAGCCACCCCCAGCCCACCCCCAUGGCCUGGAACCCACCCUAUGGUCCACCCAGAGAGGACUGGGGACCCUAUGGACUGGGUCCGGCCAACCCGGUCCCCGUCCAGAUCAGUCACUCCACUUCUCCAGGGCAGAUGCCUUACGGCUCCCCCGACUACAGCUCUCUGAACCCCCCCGGGCAAGGGGGGCUCCCACCCCCGGACCCCCACCAAACCCCGGGCCAACCCUCGCCCAACGGGCAGAGGCGCAACCCUUACGAAUGGAUGAAGAAAUCGUCGCAAAUUUCCGCCGCGGGGAAAACCAGGACAAAAGACAAAUACAGGGUAGUUUACACUGACCACCAAAGGCUGGAGCUGGAGAAGGAAUUUCACUACAACAGAUAUAUUACAAUCAAGAGGAAAUCAGAACUGGCUACCAUCCUGGGCCUCUCAGAAAGACAGGUGAAGAUUUGGUUCCAGAAUCGAAGGGCGAAAGAACGGAAAAUAACCAAGAAACAGAUGGCUCAGUCUGAGGCCUGCCCGCCUCAGCACGGGCCCGUUUCGGGAAGUCCCGAGGAAAUCGCAGCCCAAAUGAUGGUCGGGAAUCAGAUCCCCGGAGGGCAGUCCGUUGGGAACAUGCCACAAGUGACUGUCACCCUCUGA